CCCACGGGCGGACCCGCUCAAGCCCCUCCUGCGCCAGUCAGCAGGAACCCGGAAGCGGGCGGUGCGGGAGUCGGAGCCGUUUCCUGCCCGGGAGACAGCGGCGAGUUCGGGUGGAAAUUGGUCGAAGCGGACCGGAUUCGGAGCCAUGACUCACCAGACCGGCAUCCACGCCACUACGGAAUUAAAGGAUUUUUUUGCCAAGGCCCGGAACGGUUCAAUCCGCCUCAUCAAAAUUGUCAUCGAAGAUGAGCAGUUGGUGCUUGGAGCCUACAAAGAAUUGUCUCGUCGUUGGGAUAAGGACUAUGACUCUUUCGUGCUGCCGCUACUGGAUGAACUGCAGCCCUGUUACAUCCUCUACCGCCUGGACACCCAAAACGCACAAGGCUAUGAGUGGCUUUUUAUCUCCUGGUCACCUGACAACUCCCCUGUUAGACUGAAGAUGCUCUACGCAGCAACCAGAGCAACAGUGAAGAAAGAGUUUGGAGGAGGACAUGUAAAGGAUGAGCUCUUUGGAACAGUUAAGGAAGACAUCUCGCUCAGUGGUUACCAGAAGCACGUGUCGUCGUCCUCGGCUCCAGCUCCUCUGACAGCAGCCGAACGAGAGCUUCAGCAGAUCCGCAUCAAUGAGGUCAAGACUGAAAUCAGCGUAGAAAGCAAACACCAGACGCUCCAGGGACUGGCUUUUCCUUUGCAGCCGGAAGCACAGCAGGCCAUCCAGUUACUAAAACAGAAGAAAAUCAAUUACAUCCAGCUGAAGCUGGACCUGGAGCGGGAGACCAUAGACCUGGUCCAUACAAAUGCCACAGAGAUAGCGGACCUGCCUAAGAGAAUUCCUCAGGAUUCUGCCCGUUAUCACUUCUUUCUGUAUAAGCACUCUCAUGAAGGAGAUUAUCUGGAGUCAGUUGUGUUUGUCUACUCCAUGCCUGGCUACAAAUGUAGCAUCAAGGAGCGCAUGCUGUACUCCAGCUGCAAGAGCCGACUGCUUGACUCUGUGGAGCAAGAUUUCUGCCUAGAGAUUGCAAAGAAGAUUGAAAUUGACGAUGGAGCGGAACUGACCGCCGAGUUCCUGUACGACGAGGUCCACCCCAAGCAGCACGCCUUCAAGCAGGCCUUUGCCAAGCCCAAGGGGCCUGUUGGGAAAAGAGGACAGAAGCGGCUUAUCAAAGGACCAGGCGAGAAUGGUGACGACAGCUAAGCCCCGAUGGACAGGAGGACGGGUCAGGGCAGGGGCUGUGUGCACCGGCCAGCCUCCAGCAUUGCAGCUCCAACCAAAUCCGCCUCUCUGCCUCUGAGCCUGUCCACUGAGCUCCAGAGCUUUUCCCUCCACACAUCUUCUUUCAGAAUCAUGUCCACCUCGUUCCAUUAGGGGAAGGGGGAGAGAGAGAAUCUGGGGGGCAGAGAAGGAGAACUAGGGGGUGUUGUUUUCUCUUCCCCUUUGCGCUGUUGUAUAAAUCUUGGGAGGGGAGGGGGGAGAACCAUAAUUGUUCUAGUUUGGAAUACCCUUUAAAGGCAGAUGCUGCUGUUACUGCUUUGCAUUGUGACCUGGUUUACUUGGGAUCUGAACCACUCGAAGAAUUUCGUUCACCGCUUGUCUGAGGGAGUUGCUUUCAUGCCAAAAGCAGACCGCACCCCCAUCACUGAAUGCGCGUACACACACACACACACACACACACACACACA